AUGAAGAGAAGAUAUGAAGGAUUCGCCGUGGGAAUCGAUCUGGGCACGACGUAUUCAUGCGUCGGAGUGUGGCAGGAUCAACAGAGUAGAGUGGAGAUUAUCCACAACGAUCAAGGCAACAAGACAACACCUUCUUUUGUUGCUUUCACUGAAAAUCAAAGGUUGAUUGGUGAUGUUGCUCAUAAUCAAGCUUCUACUAACCCUCAGAACACUAUCUUUGAUGCAAAGAGAUUAAUUGGUAGAAAAUUUAGUGAUGCUGUGGUUCAAAAAGAUAUAAUGUUGUGGCCAUUCAAGGUCAUUCCUGGUGUUAAUGAUAAACCUAUUAUCAUUGUUAACUACAAAGGAGAAGAGAAGCAGCUUUCAGCUGAGGAAAUCUCAUCUAUGGUACUAACAAAGAUGCGGGAGACUGCAGAGGCAUAUUUGGAAUCACCUGUGAAGAAUGCCGUCAUUACUGUGCCUGCUUACUUCAGUGAUGCUCAACGAAAAGCCACAAUAGAUGCCGGUACCAUUGCUGGCCUCAAUGUUAUGUGGAUAAUCAAUGAACCGACUGCUGCAGCUCUGGCAUAUGGCCUCGACAAGAGAAGUAAUUGUGAUGCAGAGCGAAAUAUUUGUGUGUUUGAUCUUGGUGGAGGUACUUUUGAUGUAUCUCUCCUUACAAUUAAGGAUAAGGUCUUCCAAGUAAGGGCCACAGCUGGAAACACUCACCUCGGGGGAAUGGACUUUGAUAACAGAAUGGUGGACUAUUUUGUAAAGGAGUUCAAGAAGAAGAACAAAGUGGACAUAACUGGGAAUCCAAAAGCUUUGAGAAGGUUGAGAGCGGCAUGUGAGAGGGCGAAAAGGACACUUAGCUUUGCUGUUGAUACCACCAUCGAGGUAGAUGCUCUAUUCCAAGGCAUUGACUUUUGUUUUUCAAUCUCUCGUGUAAGGUUUGAGAAUAUCAAUAUGGAACUUUUUGAAGAGUGUAUGGAGACGGUAGAUAAGUGUCUUAAUGAUGCUAAGAUGACCAAGAGUAGUAUACAUGAUGUUGUCCUUGUUGGUGGCUGUUCUAGGAUUCCAAAAGUGCAGCAAUUAUUGCAGGACUAUUUCAAUGGCAAGGAUCUGUGCAAGAGCAUUAAUCCUGAUGAGGCUGUUGCUUGUGGUGCAGCUGUCCAGGCUGCUUUGUUGAGUGAAGGCGGCAUUAAGAAUGUUCCAAAUUUGGUGUUGAUGGAUGUCACACCACUGUCACUUGGAAUAGCGACAGGAAUAGAUGUCAUGAAUGUGGUGAUUCCUAGGAACACUAACAUUCCUAUCAAGAAGACAAAACGAUAUUCUACACCAAAAGAUAAUGCAGUUAGAGUCUCGAUUAAUGUUUAUGAGGGAGAGAGAGCGAGAGUUGGUGAUAACAAUUUGUUAGGCUCUUUUUGGCUUUCUGGCUUUCCUCGUGCUCCUCGUGGCCAUCCGUUAGAUGUAUGCUUUGGUAUAGAUGAAAAUGGUAUUAUAACUGUUUCUGCUGAGGAAAAAACCACUGGUAAUAAGAAUAGGAUUACCAUUACCAAUGACAAAGAAAGAAUGUCAAGUGAAGAAAUAAAAAGAUUGAUUCAAGAAGCUGAGAAAUACCAGGCUGAAGAUAAAAAGUACCUUAGCAAGGUCAGUGCAAUGAUAGCUUUGGAUGAUUAUGUUUACAGUACGAGGCAUACUUUAAAGAAAAAGGAUAUCUAUUCUAAGCUCUCCUCACAAGAAAAGGAGAAGAUCAAUUCUGCAAUUGAAAAAGCCAGAAAUUUGCUUGAUGAUGAUUAUCAGCAGGAGGAAGAUGUGUUUGUGGAUUGUCUGGAGGAUCUUAAGAGCAUCUUUGAACCCAUUAUAGCAAAGAGUGGCUAG